GAGCCGUGUCCGGAAUGGAGUCAAGUGCGGUAGUCUGUUCGGUGCUUUUCGCCCUCGUUGCGCUCGUUCCGGGCCCGACUGAGGGACUUGGUUACUUGCUCGGUCGGAGUUAUAUGGAGCCUUGUGAACGCGGUGCCGGCGCUUGCAUGACGUCGCUCGAGUGCGGACUGCAGAGAGGUCAAUCGCUAGGAUCCUGUUCGAUCGGAGUCUGCUGCCGAGUUGAGAAAACCUGCAACGAAGUCAUCAACUUCAACAACACAUUUUUCGUGCAUCCCGCCGAUGUGCGGCCCAGCUCAUCAUGCAGCGUCGCAGUCGAGAAGAAAUGGGUUCCGGGUGGAAUCUGUCAGCUAAAGCUGGAUUUCCUCGAGUUCGAGACGGUUGGACCCAGCUUCCAAUCGGGGAUGUGUCUACACGACACGUUUUCAGUAGCAGGCGCGGACAAAGUCCCUCCAAUCAUCUGCGGCCUGAACGACAGGCAACACAUGUACGUUGAUGUACGCAACGCACGUAAUAUCCAUCUGAUGAUGAAUCUCGGCCUCAACGUGACAAAUCGACGCUGGAAGAUCAAAGUUAGCCAGAUACCGUGCUAUUCGCCUCGACUCGCGCCACCUGACUGUCUCCAAUACUACGAAGAGCCCACGGGCUACAUCAAAAGUUUCAACUAUGGCAACAUCCACAAUGACACCUCUUAUCAGCUGAACUUGAGGUACCGCAUGUGCUUCCGGGAAACUUGCACUGUUCAACUGAAUCAGCUGGGAUCCUUUGGUCUUGGGGCGCAAAGCGCGGGCGGUGACUCUGCCAACCAGAUCACGGAUGUAGCUGUUGACACUGACUGUGUGAACCACAAAUCAAAUUCGGCUGUUUCGUCGGCCUACAUCGCAAUCGAUGACACCAGGUUCUGCGGGAGCCGAUUUCUACGGAGCUACGAAACCACCAAUCCCGUGUCUUCGAUGACUUUCCAAUCGCCACUGCGAGAGGUCGGUCGAGAUGAUCCGAACAGAAAGUUCGACGGCUUCAUGGUCCAGUACCGCCAAAAUUGUGGCCUCAGAGGCAACAAUAAUCGGUGAUCACAGCGAAGAUUCUGAGGGUGCGGUGAUUCCGGGUCCGACAACAAGUCUGCCUCCGAUAGUCAUACCCAUACCAAUCCCGCAGCUCUAGACACGAAUUCCUAUAAGUCAAAGUGUAUAAAUAAAAAUACAUGUUGAAGACUACCCCGUUCAGAAUAAAAAGUAUCCUCUGA